CUCAGGCUCUGGACGGCUUCUUCUUCGUGGUGAACAUGGAGGGGAACAUCGUGUUUGUGUCGGAGAACGUGAGUCAGUACCUGCACUACCAGCAGGAGGCGCUGAUGGGCUCCAGCGUCUACAGCGUCCUGCAUGUGGGAGACCACGCCGAGUUUGUGAGGAACCUGCUGCCCAAGAGUCUGGUGAACCAUCGCUGCACCGAGUCGUCUGGUCGAAACAGCCGCACCUUCACCUGUCGAAUGCUGAUCAACCCCCAGAGCGACAGGGCCUCUGCGCCUGCCACGCCCGCCGCACCCGCCACACCCGCCACGCCCGCCCCGGACUCGCAGGACUCACAGGACUCGCAGGACCCUCGGGAGCCCCCGCACCCGCAGGAGGCGCCAGACUCCGGGCAGCAGAAGUACGAGACGCUGCAGUGCUUCGCUGUGUCUGAGCCGCAGUCCAUCAAAGAAGAGGGAGAAGAUUUCCAGUCGUGUCUGAUCUGCGUCGCUCGGAGAGUCCCGGUCAAGGAGCGACCGUUGACCUCCACGUACGAGAGCUUCACCACGAGGCAGGACCUCCAGGGGAAGAUCACGUCUCUGGACACGAGUCUGCUCCGGGCCUCCAUGAAGCCCGGCUGGGAGGACCUGGUCCGACGCUGCAUCCAACGCUUCCACCUGCAGAAGGACGGAGAGAUGUCCUACGCCAAGAAGCACCAGCAAGAAGUUCUCCGUUGUGGUCACGCCUUCAGUCCUCUGUACCGCUUCACUCUGUCUGACGGGACCCUGGUCUCCGCCCACACCAAGAGCAAACUGGUGCGAUCUGCCGCCACCAACGAACCCCAGCUCUACAUGUCCCUGCACAUCCUACAGAGGGAGCAGAACAUGCCUGACCUGACCUCUGACACACCAGCGCCCCCUGCUGUCGUCCCAAAGCCUGUGUCCCCCCUGAGCUCCCCCGCUCCCUCCGCCCUCUCUCCAGACACAGGGGCCAUCUCCUCUGCCCCUCACCCCAGCUCCUGCUCCUCUCCCCUGGGUCGCUCCUCUGCCUCUCGCCCCACCUCCUGCUCCUCUCCAGGGGGUCACUCCUCUGGUCCUCACCCCAGCUCCUGCUCCUCUCCCGGGGGUCGCUCCUCGGCCUCUCCGCCUCCUCCGUCUCUGGGCAGCCCGUACGUCUCCUCUGCCCCUCAGCCCUCCACAAACUCUCCUCCGCCACACAGAAAAAGCCCAGGUUUAGUCGCCAGCAGCAACUGUAGCAGCCAAAACAACUCACCCCAGCAAUCUCCAUCUUCGGUCGGGAGCUCGUCACAAUCCAGAAGGAAAAAGUCCACGUCUCAGAGCCCUCCGAACAUCACCAAGUCAGGUUUAGACUCGGAUCUGUUCGGGGGGAGCGAAUCCGGCGAGGACCGAUUCAAAGAAGAGGACGGAAACCUGGAGGAGCUCGGAGAUGUCCCCAACCAACUUCUGAACGCCAAAGGUCACACCAAACUCCUGCAGCUCCUCACCAACAGUAAACUGGAGAAUGUGGACCCGGGCUCGCCUGGGGAAGAGGCGGGGAAAGACGGGGAACUGGGAGCGGGCGCGGGCCAGGGAAACCACUCGUCAUCGCUGAAGCAAAAACACAAAAUCCUGCACAGGCUCCUCCAGAACAGCUCCUCGCCGGUGGAACUGGCCAAGCUGACGGCAGAAGCCACAGGUAAGGAGAGCGCGACAGGUGCAGCAGCAGAUCCAGCCGAGCCGACAGGUGCGGAGGGCGACAGGAGACAGGAGCAGACUCCAGGGAGCCCCAAGAAGAAGGACAACGCUCUGCUGCGCUACCUGCUGGACAGAGACGAUAACGGCAUCCUGGACAAAGCCCUGAAGAUGGAGACGAGCGACACGAGCAGAGCCACCGUCAAGACCGAGAGACAAGAGCACCCGCAGUCUUCGGAGCUGGAGGACCUGCUGGAGAACCUUCAGAGCAGCGCCCAGCCGAUGGUGUUCCCCGGGGGGCUACAGCCUCGCGCCCCCGCCGCCCCCUCCGCCCCGCCCGGCUCCUCCGCCCCGUCCGGAGACCUGCUGCACCUGCACGGCUCGUCCUCUGGGGGGCAGCACCGAGGAUACCCCCCCAUCAGUCCUGCAGGGGGUUUCUCCGGCCCCAGAGCGCCGCCCCCGGGCAGAGCGCCCCCCGCAGCCCGGAGCAUGUCUGUGGAAAACAACAUGUCCGCCGCUCCAAACCUGCCGCGGGGUUUCCCUCCUCAGCACCGGAACAGCGCCGGCUCCUACUCUCUGAUGCAGCAGCAAAGCAUGAUGGGAGGACACACGGGCAUCAACAACCAGACGCCCAUGAGCUGCCAGGAUCUGAUGAGUCCCGGGCCCGUGCAGCCGGGGUGGGGUCCUCAGGGGCCUGUAGGGGGCGCUCCGGGUCACCACAUGAUGAACCAGGGGCCUGUAGGGGGCGCUCCGGGUCACCACAUGAUGAACCAGGGGCCUGUCGGGGGCGCCGCGGGUCACAUGAUGAACCAGGGGCCCCACCCGAGCAGAAUGGCCCCGAACAUGAACCCGGCGCUGGGCAGGAGCGUCGCGGCCAACAGACUCAACCUGCAGAUGAUGGGAAACGAAAUGGAAAUGCAGAGCAGUUACCCUCAGCCGCCGCCCAAUCAGACGGCUCCGUGGCCCGAGCGCGUCAUGGAUCACUACGGCAACCAGAACAGGUCGUCGUCGUUCUCUCAGCUGGACGAGUCGUGCUGCAGUGAGGCGCACACAGACGAGGGGGCGCUGCUGAGUCAGCUCUGCUCUGUGCUCAAAGACUUCGAGGGGCUGGAGGAAAUCGACAAGAUGCUGGGGAUCCCCUCCCUGGCAGGACAGGUACGACAGGGGCCCAUCUCAGACCAGGACCAGUUCUUGGGUCCGGACUCGGGUCUGAAGCCUCCUCAGUACGGCCAGCACCUCCAGACGCAGUACGACCCCUCCUACCACCGCCACAUGGGGCAGCAGAGAGUCAACUACCCCCCCAUGAUGAGGCCCACCCUGCACAGACCGGGGGCCCCUCACCCGCCCGGGGGCCCCCAGCCGAACAACCUGCGGCUCCAGCUCCAGCACAGACUCCAGGCACAACUGAACCGUCAGCCGAUGGGGAGUCAGAUGAACGCCGCCGUGUCCAACAUGAACCUGCCGAUGAGGUCCUACGCCCCAAACCAGCAGGUGGGCAUGAGCGCACAGAUGGUGCAGCGACAGCGCGAGUAUCUGACUAACCACCUGCGUCAGAGGCAGCAGCUCCACCAGCAGAGGGCGCUCCUGAUGCGCGGCUCCAACAUGGCGCCCGCCGGAGCUCCUCCCCCGCCCGGGCCCCCGAACCCGCGCCUGGCCCCCGGACCCCCCCCGCAGCAGUACGCCUACCCGGGGAACAGCUACGGUACUGGGCUGGCCCCGUCCCCUCCUCCCCUCUCCCCCGCGUACGGCGCCUUCUACGGCGGCUCAGGAAUGACCCAGCAGCAGCAGCAGCAGCAGCAGCAGCAGCAGCAGCAGGACUCCUCCGGUUUUAGUCCUCUGCUCUCCCCCAGACACCAGGCCCAAAGCUCCAGCAUGAUCCAACCAAACCAGGCCCAGAACCAGGUCCAGAACCAGGUCCAGAACCAGGUCCAGAGCCAGAGCCACGCUGGCCCCCCCGGGUACCACCAGCCCAGCGGGGACAUGAACGGCUGGACUCAGGGCAACAUGUCCGGCAACAAUCUGUACCAGGGCCAGUCGUUCCCUCAGCCCGGCCUCCUGUACUCAGACCCGGGCGUGAACAUGAGCGGCGUCGGGGCGAUGGCGGGCGACCCGGUGAGCGACAGCAGUCUGAUCCUGGAGCAGCUGGCGGGGAUGGACAUGCUCCCGCCCGACACAGACUCCUCCUCAAAUUUCUGCUGAUGCUGAAGCCGCUGCAGAAAGUGAAAGUGAAAGUGAAGCCAUCUCUCCCUCAAAACAAACUGCACAAAACAAGAAACUGCGAAAGAAAAGACUCGACGAGGACAAAAAGGACGGACGGACGGAUAACUUAUGCAACGACGACGACGACGAAGAGUGGAGAUUUUUUUUUUCCUGGAAUGUACGAAAACUUAAAAAAAAAAAAAAUCCCGGCUGAACUCGCCCAGAGCUUCAGACGCCAAAGAGCGCCACGAACCACGAGACCCAAACUGUACUUUUGUAGAAGAAAAUAGCAGAAAUAUGAACUUUUAUUUAUAGUUUUGAAGAGAAUAGAUAUUUGUACGAUAAAUGAAGACGUUUAAGCUGAAGAGGCACAUGUUUCCAGAUUAAUAUAUUUGAGCUUUUGCUGUAGAUUCUCAGACGAUCACACUGUAAUUUUGAGCUGAUUUUUGAAUGAAAUCUAUGUAUAAUUUUAUAUUUAUUGACUCUUUGACAGAUACUUGACCUGAAAAGCACAAAAUCACUUCGAGUACAGAGAGAAAAAAAUGCAGUUUGACAAUCAAACUUCAAAAAUUCUACUGAAAUGAACGAAAAACUGAUUUCUGUGACAGUUUAAAGAGGGGGUAUUUAUAUUUAUAUUUUUCCAUCCGUGCAUGUUUGAGUAAUUUAGCGAUCUCUCCCGGUCAAACCCUUCUUACGGUUAGCAGUACGAGUCUGUACGAAGCUCCGCCCACAAACCUACGUCACUCACGCUCCCGCACGACAAUUCUACGUAAAUAUAUAAAAACUGUACACAGCGAAAUCCGUGUGUCAAUCAUUCAUUCGUUUUUCAAAAUAAAAUCAGAAAUAAGAAAACGAAAAAAACAACGAUUUGUCUCCAAAACCAAAAUGAAAAAACAGAUAAUGAUUCGUUUUUUCAGUUUUCAAUUUUGUGUUUAAACGAAAAAUGGAAAAAACGGAUAACGGACUAAACCAGAACUGGACCAGGUCCAGGACCAGACCGGGACAAAGACCAGCACUGAGACCAGGACUGAGACCAGGACUGAGACCAGGACUUAGACUGGGACCAGACCAGGACCAGACCGUGACUGAGACCGGGACUGACACCGGGAGGGAGACCGGGAAGGAGGCCGGGACCAGACCAGGACCAGACUGUGAUUGAGACCAGGACCAGACUAGGACUGAGACCAGGACUGAGGCUGAGACCAGACCAGGACAAGACCGUGACUGAGACCAGGACCAAGAGGCCGGGACCAGACUGGGACCAGACCAGGGCCAGACUGUGAUUGAGACCGGGACUUGAGACUGAGACCAAACCGGGACUGAACACGGUUCACUGGUUCAGUCCUGGUUCAGUCCUGGUUCAGUCCUGGUUUAGUCCAGAAUCUCAGUUUAAGUCACAGAAACGGGAAACGGCCGUUAUCCGUUUUUUUCCAUUUUUCAUUUAAACACAAAAUCGAAAACUGAAAAAACGAAUCAUUAUCUGUUUUUUCAUUUUGGUUUUGGAGACAAAUAAUGAAGAAAAUAGUUGUUUUUUCAUUUUCCUAUUUUUGGUUUUAUAUAUUUGGAUUCAGCGACUCCACAAACCUGAUGCGACGUGCAGGACUUUCGUUAGCGGACUGUUUUGCAAUCGCGCUCUGAAGGGGGAGUGACUUAGCACGGAGAGGGAAGCCUAUAAAAUAUGUUCACACGUUGUUUUUGGCAAAGUUUGGCAGGAUUUUCAAAAACAAUAAAAGGAACACAGUGAUUUAAAUACGUGAUGCGUUAAGCCAAAUUUACGGUCGUGCGUAAAAUCGUUUGCGUCGCCGUGAACUUCUGAAAUUUUCUAACUACGAAUCAAACGAACACAGAUAAUAACAGAAAUUUUUCUAAAUCUACAGAAAUUUCCAGUACUCCGCUUUCCCGCUUCAUUUUAUUUACACGAACACCAAAUUAAAAUUGUCGCCGAUCGAACCGUAAAUCAAAAACCACGGCGGCGACGGCGCACGAUGAGUCGACGCGGAACUAAACUUCGGCCUUUACGACGAAAACCCCAGAGAAAUGUAAUACCCCCUCUUUAAGAUUAUUUAGCUUCAUAUUAUUUCAAGAUAUUUGUGAUUUACUUCUUUUUUUUUUUUCUUUUCAACUUUGUCGGCAUUUCAAAAAGUCAGAAAAUCUUAGUCUACUGAAUUAAUUAAAGAAGUACAUUUAACGACUAAUAUUAAGAACAGUUGAAGCAAAAACAGAUGUUUAACUAAAUAACAAAAAUGUAAAACUUUUAAAGAAAUGUGUUUGAAAA